CACAAACAACUUCAAAAGAUGUCAUUAUACAUCACGCGACAAUAUACGGAAAGAAUAGCCCUAGAAAAUUAACAACAUAUGAACAAGCAAUUAAUCGUGCAGCUAUUGAGUUGGCACUUAUUGAUCCGGCUUUAGUUGCUAACAAAGGUACCUUAUUCGAAAAAGCAAAAGCUAAGCUUUUGUUAGAAGGGUAUACAUAUAAACGAGGUCAAUCUCGAUCUAAAUUGAAUCCAAAUGCGCCAAAACCUGGGGUGAAAACGUCUCGCGCAACUCUUAUACAAAAACGAAAUGCACACGCAGCUCAGAAUAGUGAAAGUCGUAAUGCACGUAUUUCAGAGCUUGAACGUAAAUUACAAAUUAAAGAAACACAAUAUACUGUUACUCAAGAACUUAAGAGAUUAAAAACGGGUGAUCCGGAUGGAUUAGAAAAAGUAGAAUUAACUUUGGAGGAAGUUGAAAAAGAACGAGCUGAAAUUGCCAGAGAAUUAUCUAUUUUAAAAAGUAAAGAACGUAAACAUAGAUGGUAUGAGCAAAGAAAGAAGGAAAGGAUGGAUUCAGGAUUUGAUGAGGGUGAUGUAGAAUCUUUAAAUAAUAACGGAAAUAAUGAAGUUUUAAAUCACGAAAGUACUAAUACUUAG